UGGUGUGUGUUUCUGGUAUUAGUGUGUGUUUCUGGUGCUGAAUAAGUGGUGUUUCUAGUAUUAGUGUGUGUUUCUGGUGUUGAAUAAGUGAAGUAUUACCGUUUUUUGAGUUUUCUGGUAUAUUGUGUGGUUGAAUAAGUGGAGUGUUACUGGGUUUUUAUGUGUGUUUCUGGUAUUAGUGUGUGUUUCUGGUGUUGAAUAAGUGGUGUUUCUGGUGUUGUUAGGUAAAGUUCAAUAGUAUACCACCACCACCGCCUCCGCGUUAUUGGAACUAAACAAACUUGAAAGGGAAAGCUCAAAGUGGAGGAAGGCAGCUGUCCACGGAGGAGCGUCCCGAGAGCCCCGCGCCGCCCGCCACCCUCACAUUUUUCAGCACCACUCCUUCCCUGCUCACCUCCCUGCCCCAUGACCUCCUCUCCAGCCUCUAGAUGAGCCAGCUGAGCCAAGAUGAAUGGCCUAAGCACAGAGGAGGAUUCCGGUUCCCAGCAUGACCAGGUGUGCUGUUUAGUUGAUGCAGGUGAACGCUGCACCCAACUAGCUGGAAAUGCUGCCUACAAUAAGAGGAUACAAAAAACUGUUGCACAGAGGAAGCUACGGCUGCACAUGGACUCUGCUUCCAGUCACAACUACAUUUGCGAGUACCACAAAGGUGUCAUCCAAAGCGUGCGAGUGAAGCGGAAAAGGAGAGAUUCUGAGGAGGACGCUGGAGACUUUGACGGGGAUCACCCAGAAGUGGAGCUUUAUAACUUGCAGGUGAACACACUUCGGAGGUACAAGCGGCACUACAAAAUACCAACGAGGCCGGGGCUGAAUAAGGCUCAGUUGGUUGAUAUCCUCAUGAAACACUUCAGGACGGUGCCAGUCGUGGAGAAGGAAUGUCUCACCUACUUCAUCUACAUGAUCAAGGCCAACCGCUCCAAGUUUGACCAGAGAAAUGGGUCGAAUAUUGAUACCUGACCAGGAUUAUAGAAGCUCACUGGCAACACCCGUAUACACAUUGGCAGUGAUCAGUGAUGUAAUUUUUCCUUAUAGGAUGUGCAAUGUCAUUUUUCACUUGGUAACAUAGAACCAAACCCUUCUUUUGCAAGGGAUGUGUUGCUUUAAUACUGAUAGAGGCAUGGGAUUUUUGUUUCUUUUGAUGCAGAAAUUCUGUGAAAGAUGUGUCAGUGAUUGUCAAGAGAGCGCAUGUCUUGGGAGUAACCAUGGAGCAGUGUGUUCAUCUCAGAUUAAAACUAUGGCUAUGGGCUUUGAGUUGGUAUGAUAGGUAUUUUAAAUGUUUUAAAUUUUUAGAAUGGAUUUCUAUCACUAUUCCAUGUAAUAAAUACAGAUAUUCUCUCAGUUCUUCACCCACUCAUUAAACAGGAAAUACAAACAUCUUCACAGUCAGUAGCAAAGAAAUGUAGUCUAUGUAGACAUAAGACACUUGUGUUCUAUCAUUAUGAUUUUUUUGAUUUUCACAUAUAUUUGUUAUUAACAAUUACAAAGACUCAUAUGUGUGUUCUUAACUAUGCUCAGUUAUCAUUAAUCAAAGCCCCGUGAGUUUAAAAGCUCAAACUUCGGAUGCCAUAUCCACAGAUUAGGUUGAUUUACCUUUCAACAUGUUCCAAGAAAAUCAGCAAUCUAUCACAAUAAUUGCUGGUAUAUUUAUAGCCGAAGAAGCUAAAUUUGAGCUACCUUAGUCAUAGCACUACAGUACUUAACCACUACUUCCAGAAUUCACCAUCUGACUGAGUGCAACAAAUGUUUUCGCUUCACAACCUUGGCUGACAAUAAUUUCUGUUGUCAUUCAACCAUUUAUACUUUCAUGUUUAUGUGAAACUCUUAACCAACCAAUGUUAUUUAUGACCAAUAUUCUAUGUUCAGAUAAACAUGAAGAAUCAACCUUUUCCCUUUUGCCCUUAGAAGUUAGAGGUAUAUCACUGAUGUACUGAAAGUAAGCUUUUUCUGACUUCUCUUCCAGAAACAAGUGGAUGGUUGUUUCUUAAAAAGUGUAUUUGAUGGAUGGAUGUUGUGUGGAAGUGGUUGGGGUUCAUCUGUCAGGUUGAUAUGACUAGGGGAUAGUAAAAAAGUAUUUACUGUCAUAAUCAAAUAUACAUAUUUCACUUAUUUCCAUUAAAGUUUACCUUAAGUUUACUAUAGGUCUCACUUGGUGGGAAGUGGCUGUUUACAUUGAGUGAAUGAAUAUAUCAAAAGUGAUGAAAUGUGUUGGUUGUAUGUCAGUAGGAAAUGAAUUUAUGUCUAGUCUUGAAACAGUUAUGUAAUAUAAAAUUAUGUACAGUAUUGCAAUGCUACUUCAAUAUAUGUAUAUCAUCUAGGACGUUUGCAUAUUAUGUUUUAUAUUAAUGUAAAUUGAUCAUUCAGGAUUUAAUAUGGAAAACUGCAGACCAGCAUUACUAGUGUCUUCACUAACACAUUCUUUCUUGAAAUUGUAAUUUUAUGAUCUCUGAAGACCUGUUGAUAUCAAAGAAAUGACAUUAGUGAAAGUUUUAAUAAGGACUUUAUUAGUUUCUUUAAAACAAAGAAUCUUA